UGUACAUUUAGCUGCACUUAAAUACUGUCUGUGUUGAAAAUGCAGACCUCAGAAUCGAAUUUUCCUUUGAUUCCUCAACAACCCCUUGCACAGCACCAGCAGUGCUCACCGGGAAUUGAUCAGCUUAUUCAAAGAGCAGAGUUGGAAAAUUCUGAACAAGUCCGCCUUAUUGAGACAGAGAAACAGCGUUAUGCAGCCCUCUUGAAGCAGUUUGAGGAGAAAAAUCAUAAAAUUGAGGAAUUGGAAAAGUCUACCACACAACUUGAUGAAGAAGCUAAGCAGCUGCACAAACAAUUUGCACAAAACAGGGAGAUAUGUGCCAGCUUGAAACGAACCAAUUGUGUUCUACAGGAACACGAGGAGGCCAUGGAGAAAAAGAAAGAAACAGUGGUUGGUAAACUUGAGAAGGCCAGGUCAAAAAACCAGAGCAUCCUCAACAGGUACAAGGCAAUAUGGGACAGAUAUAAAAGGCAGUAUGAAAGUAAAGAAAAUGCUCAGGAGCUCACAAAGAUAAAGAUCAACACCAAAGAAACCAAAGAAGAAUUGCAGACAAUACGAUCCACUAUCCAGCAAAUGGAAGAAGAUAUUUCCAUUAUGGAAAAAGAAAAGACGACCAUAGAAGAAUCACUAAAGAAAGGAAUCACAUCUGCUAUUCCACUCAUGAUCCAACUAGCUCAGCUGAAUAUUGAAAGAAGAAAAACUGAAGACUGCAUAGAAAGGAUCACUACUAAGAUAGCCAACAUCAAACAAGCAGAGUUCAAAAAAUGUGUGGAUGAGAGUCAUCAAGAGAACAAUUCCCCAGAUGGAAAUACCUCUCUACCUCAAACCCCAGUGACAAUAUCACAGCAAGUUGAGCACUCAGAUUUUGAUCAGUCCUCAAAACAAGAGAGCAUUGUGUCAAAUAUGGAAGUGGAGUCAUAUGAAGACCAAAAUGUGCUAUGCCAGCCAAAAGAGGCUGUACCAAUGAAGAAAUAUUCUCCUGAGCACUUAUCAGUCACUCCAAAUCAGCAGAGAAGGCAUUGCACAGAUGAUCAAACAAGUUCAGCUUAUGAGGAGAGCUACACAGACCAACACCUUCAGUCUUUAGCUAAGACUAAUAAAACUACAUCAACUACUCUGCAUGGUGACGAGGAACAGACAGUCUUUCCUACAACACCAACAUCAACAGAUCAGCAAAACUGUGGUUCCAUUUCAACCCCAGAAGUUGUCAAAAGUCCAUUUAACUUUGAAGUGCACACAGAUAUGAUCCAGCAGCUCACCAAAUCACCUGGAGAUGGUUUCUUCUUUCAAAGUCGUCCAAUGUUUAACCAUGGCUCUGUGGAUGGGGAAAACAAUCAGCCAAGUGCAGAUAGUACACCUUUUCUAUUCAACAUGCAAGAGACAAGCAAUACCUCAGGAUCAAUUGGGUCAGCUAGCAAGUUUAAUUUAGACAGGCCUGCUGCAAACCUCUUUGAACCAUCAGUAACUACAGAGAGUAGAAGCAGCAUGGGACUCUUUGGCACAAACCUGUCACCUGUAGCAAGUGGUUGUUCAAUCUUUGGAGAUGCAGAUUUUACCCACCAAUCAAAAAGCCCAGAAGGCUUCACUUUCUCUUUUGGCACAACUACCCAACCUGGUAAUGCUAAAAGCCCAAACAGACCUGCAUUUGCCUUAUUUUAAAUCUUUAAAAUGAACAACAACAACAACAACAACAAAAAACCAUGGGGGAGAAAUUCAAAUUUGUUUUUAACUCUUCACAUAGUUAAUUGAGGGGAAUGGCCAUUCCCAUUGAUGAACUAUGCUUUUUAUUAGUCUCUAAAUUUAACAGAGGUGGAAGAAUAAUAAACAUUUUGCUUUGCAUUUUGUUGCAACUAUGCUCUAUUUUUCUGUACUUGUGAA